GUAAGAUGAGGCUUAUGCUAAUCUUUGGAAUAUACUUCAUUGGAGUUAUUACUGGAACUGCUUCUUCUGUUGAUGAGGCAAAAUGCAAUCAGCCAGUGGAAGAAGGCACUGGGGACGAGAGGACCAUUAAAUUCUACUAUGAUGCUGCAAAGAGCCACUGUGUUCCAUUUUUCUACUAUGGGCAGGGAGGGAAUGACAACCGUUUUGACACAGAGGUCAGCUGUAUGCAGGCCUGCUCCGACAGACACCAGGAGCUCUACCCCACCGGAGGUGCAGUAUGUGAGUUGCCAAAAGACCAGGGAACGUGCUUGGCCCUGUUUCUGAUGUUCUACUACAACGUGGAGGAGAAGACAUGCCGUACUUUCCACUACAGCGGAUGCGGAGGGAAUGGGAACCGCUUUGAAACCAGGGAAGAGUGUCUACAAACAUGCGCAAAAUCGGGUCGGUCGUCAGGGGAGUCUGGCGCCGAAGGAAACCCAGAUGAAAAGACAGUCGAUACAGGUUUGAUCGUUGGAGUUGUAGGAGGAUGUAUAUUUGUGGCGGCUGUCAUCUCUCUCAUUGUCUUACUCGUUAUGCAAAGAAAGAGCAAGACUAAGGACCGAAAGAAAGUGCCCACAGCUGUUGUAGAGGUUGAGAUGCAGUGACAAUGCAGCAGUCAACAGAACACAGAGACUCUCCCUGUACAAGGCACUGUUUAUCGCCUUUAGCUGAUCUGACUUCAAAACUGUUGCAUUAAUAAUUAUUUUUG